AUGGCAUCCGCGUUCAUCGAGCUGGCCACGGGCCCUUCAAGGACGGAGCCGUCUAUCCCAAGCCCUCCCGCUUCUAUCCCCAGUCCUCCCGCUGAUCCACAGCCUUCGAGAACGGGACCGUCUGUCCGGGAUCCUGCUGCCGACCCACAGCCUGGAGUGGCUACAGAUACGCGGAUUGAACCGAACCCGGAUCUAGAUGGUGGAGAUGAUAACGACGAUGCAGACUCCGCGAUCGACGCCCAGAGUAUUGUGUCGUCUACAGCGUCGCUGUCCGAGAGUAUCUUCGACUAUCGCAAGCUUCAUGGCCGGACGUACCAGAAUAGCAAGACGACGGAGUACUGGGCGCCGAACGAUGAGCAGCAGAAUGACGGACUGGACAUGAUCCAUAACGCACUGCUGAUGCUUCUGGACGACGAGCUCUUUCUGGCGCCAAUUGGGGAUAAUCCGCAAAGAGUUCUGGACGUCGGCACGGGGACGGGGAUUUGGGCAAUCGACUUCGCAGACCAGUACCCGGACGCUGAGGUUCUUGGCACCGAUAUCAGUCCCAUCCAGCCAACGUGGGUGCCUACCAACCUCCGCUUCGUUCUGGAUGACUGCCUCCUCGACUGGAUGUGGCCGGAGGAUCACUUUGACUUCGUCCACCUGCGGUGUCUUUACGGUAGCAUACCAGACUGGGUGAGCUUAUACCGGUCAGCUUACCGGCACCUCAAGCCUGGCGGUUGGGUCCAGAACCUGGAGUUCGACGCCAACGUUCAAUCUGACCACAUCCAGCUCCCGCCAGACCAUGUUUUCCACGAAUGGAGGCGCAUCUUUGACGAAGGCGGCGAGAAGAUGGGGCGUUCCUUUUCCGUCUCCCGAGGACAUACAAUGAAGCACAACAUGGAGGCGGCUGGGUUCGUCGACGUCGUGGAGAGAAAGAUCAAGGUCCCCAUGCAUGGCUGGCCGAAAGAUGAGAAGCUUCAACACGCGGGUCUCCUGAUCAACAUGGCCUUUGACCAAAGCCUUGAGGGGUUUGCCAUGUUCCUGAUGACUGAGAUUCUGGGAUGGGAUCCAGUACAAGCGACGGUUCUUGGGGCGCAGAUGAGGAGAGAAAUGAAGAAGAGGUCCAACUAUGCUUGGUGCGAGACGUACGUGUCCCUACGGGCGCAAUGA